GCUCUGGAGCCGCUGGCACUGGUCGAUACGGACCCUGCGACUUCUCAACCGGGUGAAGUGAGAUCUCUUGGUGGUGAGGCCGAGACACCCAGCUCCUCUGAUGCUCGCUGGUUCCAGUUCGUGCCGCUCUCCCAGGCUGAUGUGGCUCUGGAAGAGGGUGUUAUGAUCGCCACUCCCCUUUGGGCUGGUCUACGACAUCUUCACGGAGUCUGGGGUGGACCUUCAUGUGAGCUCACUGACUUGCUGGCAGCUACCGUUUCGUUCCGACAGGUCUGCUCCUUCUUGCAGGACUCCGGGAUGAUGUGGCUACCCGGGAAACCAAGCAAUGCUGGCAUUCAGCUCAUGCGCCAGCUUUUACCGAAUGCUCGAUUUUCUACUGUACAGACCGACUCUGGGCCAGCCUUUGCAGCGGCACACCCAAGGUGUAACCCCCAGACUUGGCGGCCCUCACUCCAGCGCUUGCGUGCUUUUGCGCCUCUGGUGACUCCCUUGCGUCUCUUGCUUGGCGGAAAGCCUGAAGCUUCUCUCAGCAUCCCUGCAGAUCCUGGAUCUCAGCGACAACUGCCUGUCGGGGGUUGGUGCAAAGAAGCUGGCGCGCAUGUUCUUCGCAUGCGAGGGAGGCACAGCGCCACGCUUGCAAGCCACAGCCCCUGGCGAGUGAGAUUCGUCAAGCCUCGGUUCCGGUUGCUGGACUUGUCGAAAAACAAGUUGGAUGAUCAUGGGGUAGCAGGUGUGGCUCGGAACAUCGCGGCAGGAAAGGUGCUUGCCAAGCAAACACUUCUUCGGCUGCAACACGUGGGAUGCAGCAGUCAGGGGCUGGCCGACUUUGCCGGAUGCCAUCUCGCCGGACUCGACAUUGGAUACAAUGCACUGGGCCUCGAUGGUGCCAGGGCGCUUCUGGCAGCCAGGCGCAGGAAUCGGUGGCACUCGUUGCGAAUGUCAUGUAUUUCAGAUGGAGCUAAAGCCUCCGAACCUCUCGGCUGGUCAGCGCUGGCCGGUGGCUUUGACUGCCUGGAGAAGGGCUUGAAUGAUUUCGAGUGUAAUGGCAACCAUUUUGGCGAGAACGCUUGCUGCUGCCUCGCUGAAAACAUGAGCAAAUGGAUUCCGGCCUUGCGGCGGCUCGCCCUCUCCAGCACGGGAGUUGGCCUUCGGGCCUGCGGUGCGCUGGGUCAGGGGCUCUGGCCUGGGGCAGGGCUCGCCGGUCUGAAGAUCCUGGACCUUUCCAACAAUCAACUGAUCGAUGUGUCGGUUGAGUUGCUGUGCAACGGUCUUUCCAGAUGCAUAUCCCUUCAAGAGGUGGAGCUAUCGCACAAUGCAUCUUAG